GGCUUUUUCUGAGUUUCAAAGGAUAAAAAGCCCCCAAAAAAUGGGAAAAUCCGACAUUUGUCGCCUUUGUUUGUGCAAAUCUGAGGACUCGACAUACACGAAAGAUGAAGAAGAUCAGCUACUGACCCAAAUUAAGGACAUUUUUGGCUUUGACGUAAAUCCCGAUUCCGAGCUUAUUUGCGUUUAUUGCAAGGAACGCGUGAAUUCUUUUUACUCGUAUUACCGCAGCGUGCUCGAUAAUCAGUUCAAAUUGCAAGGAAUUGGUCUAAAACCAGACGAUACAGAGGCAGGAAAUGAUCAAAACAGCUCCGACAGCGAGUGUGAUGUCAAGGUUUCGGCUUUUUCGGAGAUGCUUAAGACUGAAUUGACGGAAGAAGAGGUCCCGUUGCUCGACAGAAAGAAAUCCAGUGGUAAAAAACGGAAGAAAUCUCGUCCGAAAGAGGAGGAAGUCGAUGAAGAGGCCGAGAAACGUCAAAAAGAAGACGAAAGAAUCGCGAAAUAUAUCAGUUUCAAGUGCAUGCUGUGCCCGAACGACUCGAUAAAUGACUUGACCAACUGGAAAAUUCACAUGAGACGCGUUCAUGACGAAGCUCGCCCCGUGAUUGUGUGCUGCGAUCGCAAAUUAACCGAUCGGCGACGGAUUUUGUACCAUAUUGGGUUCCAUCACGAGACUGAAGCCGAAUUUGAGUGUGAUAAAUGUUCGAAAAAAUUCAAAUUAAAGGCUUACUUGUUGUCGCACAUGAAAACGCACGAAAUUAACACAACCAAGAACUUCCAGUGUGACAAAUGCCCGGAAAAAUUUUUGUAUCGCGGGCACUUGACGAAGCACCAACUCAUCCAUAUGACGCCCGAAGAGCAAGCUCUUGUCAAAUUUUACCCCUGCAAGCAAUGCGACAAAGAAUUUCCUUCGGCAAAAAAUUUGGGCUCGCACGUGAGACGCGUUCACAAAAAAUUAUCAACUUUCGUGUGUCACAUUUGUGCAAAAGUUUUCUCCAAGAAGGAACGUCUCACGAGUCAUUUUCUGUAUAAACACACGGAAAAUCCGCCGAAACAUCAAUGCGAGCAUUGCGGCAUCGAAUUGGCCAAUAACGACACGUAUCGGUAUCACGUGAAGCUGCAACAUACGAGUGCGGGAUCGUAUCCGUGUAGUUACUGCGGGAAAGUAAAUGCGACAGAAGUGCAAUUAAAAGCGCAUAUUAGGUUCACGCACGAGACUGAGAGGAAGCAUCAAUGCGAGUAUUGUCCAAAAGCUUUUAAACGAGCUGUGGACCUAACAGAGCACUUGAGCAUCCAUAUGGGCGGCGCAUUGUAUGAUUGUCCAACGUGCGAUCGGAAAUUCAAUUCAAAGUCGAAUAUGCAGUCGCAUGUGAAGAAAUGUAAAGCACUCGGAGGACCCACAAAUGCUGAGAUAAUGAUGCAAUAAUGUAAAUUUUAAGGAAAAAUUGAAUAAAAAUGAGUAAA